UCACUGUGUUUAAUUAGGCAACACACUUUAUAAGCUUAUAAUUUUAGUCCUUUUUCAAUUCUUAAUUGAACAUCCUUUUACUCAAAGCACAUUUAUCCAGUAAAACUGUGUUUUCUGUUUUCCACCUCCAUCAAUUUUACUAUUUUACUUAACAUGAAUAGUCGUUUCAAUUUCAAUGUAAAUUGUGAGGUUAUGUUGGUCAAAAUCAAACAAAUUUCAUAACUCAAAAACAAGGGGUAGUCAGAUACCUCAACAAUGUCAACUAUAAACAACUUAACACCUUUCAAUUGUGAAAACACCAACCUGGAAUUUUUCUACUGCAAAGAAUGCAACUUUCGGUCAGAAUUAACCCUCCACUACAAACAACACGUCGACGAAAACCACGGAAUCAAGAAAGAGCCUGAAGAAAAUUAUUCCAAAGUAGAAUACACCAUUAAUAAAUAUAUUUGUGAAAUGUGCAGCUUCCAGACCUACUUUAUGCUUAAAUGGUUGCAACAUAUCGCCAGUUGUUUGAAAAACACCCAAACUGCUCGACCUUCCACUGACGACGAUUCCACCUGGUACAAGUGUGACUUCUGUGACCACAAAUACAAGUCCAAAGUCUGGUUAAACAAACACACGAUAUCGAAACACUUGAACCACGUCUCCACCUGGUACAAAUGUGACCAGUGUGAGCACAAGUACAAAACAAAAAGCUGGUUAAAGCAGCACAAAAUUUCGAAGCACUUGAACGACGACGAGAUAAUCUGGUAUCAAUGUGCGAUUUGUUCUUUCAAGUUCAAACAAAAAUCCUACUUAAAAUCGCACAUGUAUCUGCAACACACCGACGAGAGGAGCAUCCGAUGGUAUGAGUGUCAAGAGUGUUCGUUUAAAACCAAGUACAGGUUUAAGUUCAGACGGCACGUUAAGGUUAUCCACGAGCAGGAUAUCAAGUGGUAUGAAUGCAAAGAGUGCGAAUACAGAACGAAAUAUUCGGCGGAAUUGAAAAUCCAUACAAACGUGUGUCAUCUGAAAGGACAAGACAUCACGUGGUAUGAAUGUGAAAAAUGUCCAUACAAAUCUAAAAGAAAAGGGACUUUGAGGUUCCACGUAAACGCGCAUCAUGUGGAAGAGCACAAUGUUAAGUGGUACGAAUGCGAGAAGUGCCCAUACAAAGCUAAAUUGAUAACUUUGUUGAAGAAGCACAUUCGCCGACGACAUCUAGAUGAAAAAGACAUAAAGUGGUAUGAAUGCAAAUUUUGCCAAUUUAAAGCCAAAUUGAAAGAUACUUGGAAGCGUCACUUGGCUGUGCGACAUUCAGAAGAACAGGACCUUAAGUGGUACGAAUGUAAACAGUGUUCUUAUAAAGCUAUUCGUACGUCAGCUUUGAAUAGACACGUAAACGACCACCAUUUGGAUGCUAAAGAUGUGAAGUGGUACGAAUGCAAGGAUUGUGCUUAUAAAACUAAGCAAAGUGCGUCGUUAAAGAAGCACAUACUCGUCAAGCAUUCAGACGAUCAGGACGUGCAGUGGUUUGAGUGCAAAAUGUGUCCAUACAGAAAUAAAAUUAAGUGGAAUUUGCAAAAGCACGAAAGAAAGAAACAUUUAAAUGUAAAGUAAGAUAGGUGUGACGCUGUCUUGUAAUGAAUAAAUUGGAGUACAAAUAACUUUUGUUAGGUUAGAACUAGUGAUUGUCAAAGUUGCUCGGGGUUUGUGAACGUACUCUGGCAACACUUAUGCAACCAACAAUACGCAAACAUUGUUUUAUUGUAUAUUUGUAGAAAAUUACAAAUGUCUUUCCACCAUUUACAAAUAAAUUCAUUUCUACGUA